GCUCACUAAGUGGGAGAAAGACUCUGCCCAGGACACAAGAUGAAGGUGGAGAGGAAGACCUCCUCUACAGGCGACAGUUUUCCUGACAUUCCUCCACAACUGACGCUCUUUGGCCUCCUCCUCCUUCUCUUCACAGUUUUGUGGAGUGCUGGUGAAGUGUCAGGGGUGAAUGUGACCAGCCAAACCCAGGUGGUGCGGGGCACGGUGGGCAGAGAGGCCCUCUUGUCAGUCAGCUACUCCAGCAGCAGCUCCGACAAGCCUGUGAUCAAGUGGCAGCUAAAGAGAGACAAAGAGAAACCUAUCACUGUUGUGCAGUCCAUAGGAACAGACAUCAUUGGGAACCUGAGGCCGGAGUACCGCAACCGUAUCCUGGUAUUUGAGAAUGGGUCACUGCUGCUUCACAACCUGCAGCUGUCAGACGAAGGGGCGUACGAAGUGGAGAUCUCCAUCACGGAUGACACCUUCACUGGAGAGCGCUACAUUGAGCUCACUGUGGAUGUUCCUGUGUCCAAACCGUACGUUCAGAUGAUGGCGUCUUCCGUCCUGGAGUAUAGCGAGUACUUUCACCUCCACUGUUCCCACGAUAAUGGCACAAAGCCCAUCUACAGUUGGCAGAAGGGAGGCAAGGUGUUGACCAAUGACUCACGUCUGCUACUUUCACAUGACCAAAAGGUGCUGACCAUCUCACGUGUUCUGAUGUCAGAUGAUGACAUUUACGGCUGCACAGUGGAGAACUCCAUCAGCAGCAUGAAGAGCAUACCCGUCAAGCUCACUGUCUACAGACGGAGCUCACUAUACAUCAUCCUGUCCACCGGUGGCAUAUUCCUCCUAAUCACCCUGGUGACAGUGUGUGCCUGUUGGAAACCAUCCAAAAAGAAGCAUCGUCCUGUCCCCCAAAGAGCUCCCAUCUAUGUGGAGCAGAGUGAAAAUGGCCAUGACGUUGAUGUUGUUCCCAAACCAACUACACUUAGUCGAAGGAGUCCUAUGCCUCUUUAUGUUCUCAAUGAAGAUGAGACUCUGGAGCGUUUGGAAGAAUGUUCUGGUAAUGCUGUCUGCCAAUCAGAAAUGAGUAUCCCUGCUACCUAUGCUCCAGUUCUCCCACCGUCCUCCAACAGAACUGAGCGGCCCAUCUGGUCCGCCCCACGCAGAUACCCCCGCAGCCCCUCUCCACUGGCACAGCCUCUCCCACAACCCCUUCCUGUGCCUCCCCUACGCCCUGCCUGCUCACCUGCUCACUCGCCUGGUUCAUCUCCACGCAGUUUCAGCCCAAUAAGAAAAGUCCGUCCUCCAGUAGGCAUCCCAACCAGCCACCUGCCUGUCGAGGCAGAGUGUCCAGACCCUUGUGAUCCGACUCACUGUCCAUCACAGCAGUGACGACUGCUUGGAUGUGUGUUUUCAUUCUGUGAUAUGUAAAGUACAUGUAUAGUUUGUCGGUCUUCCUUCUAUAAGGAUCAUGGACUUGAUGCACUAGGAUAAGAGAUGAGUUCACUUUCAGCUAACUCUUUGUCUUGAUGUUCCACUAUUUAUCUAUUUCCCUAUGGUUAUGCAAUGUAUUUCUCUAGACUUUUGAAGAUAUCCUGUCAUAUGAAAAAAUAUAUUAUGUCCACCAGCAUGUAGUAUAUCAUGUAUAUGAUGCUGAGACAGUAAAGACUUCACAGCUCUGGUACAUAUUUUGCUUCUUGAUGAAUUAUGAAUAUCACUGGGAACUUUUGAUAAGUACCUGUACAUAUGUAAGUUAAUAGUUUUGGGUCUGGUGUUUUUGGGGUUAUUUUGUUGUUGUUGUUUUUGUUUUUUCUU